AUGACCACACAUCAAGUAGGUUCCUCAAGUGACGAACUGCUUGGUCCCAAUUCAUGGCUAAAUCCAGGACUGGCGGCUUACGACUUUCGCGGAGAUGUCCGCACAAGCCCAACGGCAGCAAUGCUGAAUGCUAUCACUCACGCUAGCCUUCUCGAUGAUAUCGAUCGUUCAGAUUCCAGCACAAGAAAGCUUGAAGCAUAUGUGGCAUCCCUAGCAGGCCACGAGACAGGCCUCUGGGUUGUAUCUGGAACGAUGGGGAAUUUGGUCUCUCUGCGCUGUCUUCUCCAUCAGCCCCCGUAUAGCAUUAUGUGUGAUGAGCGUUCACACUGCUUGACCAACGAAGCAGGGGGUGUCUUCGCAUUUGCUGGAGCAAUUCCUCAACCGAUCCGCCCGGCAAACGACAAAUAUAUUACGCUCGAAGACAUCUUGCCUAUUAUUAAAUUAGGCCAUGGAGAGAAAGUACACGCCUGCCCAACACGAGUCAUCUCACUGGAGAAUACUCUUCGGGGAAUGGUCAUGCCUUUAGCAGAAGCUCGGCGCAUAGGCGACUUUGCCCAUGCGAAUGGCAUCCGUGUUCAUCUCGAUGGAGCGCGACUAUGGGAAGCUGUUGCUUCAGGGGCGGGGGUCCCUAGAGGACUAUUGCUCUAUUUUUGA